AUGAAAACCAUUGGGACCCUUUUGAAGCAGUGCCCCAUAAAGAAGGCUUUUUGCCUUCACGCUGCUGUCUUGAAGAAAGGGUUGCAAUCCCAUGUUUUCAUCUCAAACCAAGUCCUUAACAAGUACGCUAAGUGUGGUCACGUCCUUCUCGCCCGCAGGGUGUUUGAUGAAAUGUCUCAUCGUAAUGCCGUGUCAUGGUCAGCUAUGAUAUCUGGUUAUGAUCAAUGUGGGGAGCAUUGGAUGGCGCUCCACUUGUUUUCUCAAAUGCAACUCCUCCCCAAUGAGUAUAUCUUUGCCAGUGCCCUCAGUGCCAGUGCGAGCCUCGCAGCACUGGAGCUGGGGCAACAGAUUCAUGCUCGGUCUCUGAUAUCUGGGUAUGCAUCCGUUUCAUUUGUUUCCAACUCGCUUAUCUCCAUGUAUAUGAAAUGUGGUCACUGUAGUGAUGCUUUGUCAGUGUAUGCCAAUUCAGUAAGACCGAAUUCUGUUUCCUAUAAUGCUCUGAUCAAAGGGUUUAUAGAGAAUUAUGAACCUGAGAAGGGGUUUGAAGUGUUCAAGCUCAUGCUCCAACAGGGUUUUGUUCCUGAUCGUUUUAGCUUUGUGGGGUUGCUGGGGUUUUGCACCAAGUCAGAUGAUUUGAGAACAGGGAUGUCUUUGCAUUGCCAAGCUAUUAAACUUGAACUGGACUCCACCCCUCUUAUUGGAAAUGUGAUAAUGACAAUGUAUGCAAAGUCUAAUUCCAUAGAAGAAGUGGAGAGGGCCUUCAGAUUGAUCAAAGAAAAAGAUGUCAUUUCCUGGAAUACUCUAAUAUCUGCUUUUUCCCAUUUUGAUGAUCAAGAAAAAAGUUUGAGGUUUUUCAAAGAGAUGGUGAAUGAAUGUAGUAUAAGGCCAGAUGAUUUCACUUUUGCUAGCAUUCUUGCUGCCUGCUCUUGGCAUGCUUCUAUUCGCCAUGGGAAGCAAAUUCAUGCUUAUCUAUUUAGAACAAGACUAUAUCGAGAUGUAGGAGUUUAUAAUGCUCUAGUGAACAUGUAUGCUAAAUGUGGUUCAAUUCGUUACGCACAUAAUGUAUUCAAUAAAAUGUCCUGUCACAACCUUGUCUCAUGGAACACUAUGAUUGCUGCCUUUGGAAAUCAUGGCCUAGGUGAGAGAGCAAUGGAAAUUUUUGAGCAGAUGAAAGCAACAAGGGUAAAACCAGAUUCAGUUACAUUUACUGGGCUUUUAAUUGCUUGUAACCAUUCAGGGUUAGUGAGAGAGGGCGAGUUAUACUUUAAUUCCAUGGAAGAAGCUUAUGGGAUUGCUCCUAAUAUCGAACAUUUCUCAUGUCUUGUUGAUAUGCUUGGAAGGGCUGGAAGAUUAUGUGAGGCAGAAGAGUACAUGAAGAAAUUCCAUCAUUGGAACGAUCCUGUUGUUUUAGGAAGCAUGCUUUCAGCAUGUCGGCUGCAUGGGAACAUGGUCAUAGGGGAACGCCUGGCUAAGCAGCUUCUUGAAGUUCAACCUGUUACUACUUCACCUUAUGUUUUAUUAUCAAAUUUGUAUGCUUCAGAUGGGAUGUGGAAUGAUGUUACAAAUGCAAGAAAAAUGCUGAAGGGUAGUGGAUUAAGGAAAGAGCCAGGGUAUAGCCUGGUUGAAGUGAAAGGAAAUUAUGAAAAAUUCACAAUAGAGGAUUUUUCAAAUUUAAGGAUUGAAGAGAUUAAAAACAUACUUGGAACAUUGAACGGGCCUGUUAAAUACAGUUUUCUCUUAUGA